CCAAGGUGCGGCGGGAGGGGGCGGUGUCCGCCGGGACGCGUCAGCUGCCGCCGCCCUCGCCGCCGCGGGGUCCCUCCCCUCCCUCCGGCCGCCGGGUCCCCGCGGGAUGAGGGGAUCGUAGCGCCGCGGCCGCCUCCGCCAUGAAGCGGAAGAGCUGGGCCGAGGCGCGGCGCCGCGCAGCGCCGCCGCCGCCCGCGCUGAAGAGGACGCGGGGCGCGGCGCAGCGGGCGGCGGGGGGCGAGGCGGAGCGGCGGCGGCAGCCCCCCCCCGCCGGUCUGGAGACCUGCCUGAGGAUCGCGGAUCGCCUUUAUUUUGCAAUUCUCUACCAAAAACCAAAGAGUGGAGCUGCAAAUACCCAUUAUUUCUGUAUAGAUGAUGAACUUGUGUAUGAGAAUUUCUAUGCAGACUUUGGACCACUCAAUCUGGCAAUGGUCUACAGAUACUGCUGCAAGCUAAACAGGAAAUUAAAGUCAUUUUCAUUGAUAAGGAAGAAAAUAAUUCAUUAUACUGGCUUUGAUCAGAAAAAGCAAGCAAACGCUGCAUUCCUCAUAGGCUCCUACGCAAUAAUAUACCUGAAAGAAUCCCCAGAAGAUGUGUACAGGCUUAUAUUGUCAGGAAGUGUUUCAUAUCUUCCUUUCAGGGACGCUUCCUUUGGUACUUGCAGUUUUCAUCUAACAUUACUGGACUGUUUUCAUGCAAUAAACAAGGCUUUGCAGUAUGGUUUCCUGGAUUUUAGUACAUUUGAUGUAGAUGAAUACGAGCAUUAUGAAAGAGCAGAAAAUGGAGAUUUUAACUGGAUUAUACCAAACAAAUUCAUUGCCUUCAGUGGACCUCAUUCAAGAAGUAAAAUUGAAAAUGGCUAUCCCCACCAUGCUCCAGAGGCUUAUUUCCCAUACUUCAAGCAAAAUAAGGUCACCACUAUAAUACGCCUCAACAAAAAACUGUAUGAUGCCAAACGAUUUACAGAUGCUGGAUUUGAGCAUUUUGAUCUCUUCUUUGCUGAUGGAAGCACACCUAGUGAUACUAUAGUUAAAACAUUUCUAAAUAUUUGUGAAAAUGCUGAAGGUGUAAUAGCCGUUCAUUGCAAAGCUGGUCUUGGACGAACUGGCACACUUAUUGCCUGCUACAUCAUGAAGCAUUAUCGGAUGACAGCUGCUGAAUCUAUUGCCUGGAUCAGAAUAAAUAGACCUGGUUCUGUGAUUGGACCACAACAGCAUUUCCUGAUGGACAAACAGGCAGAACUUUGGACAGAAGGGGAUAUUUUCCGUGCAAAGUUGAAACGAAACCAUAAAAUUGCUGUAACAAGAAUUCUGUCAGGAGUAGAUGAUAUUUCAAUUAAUAACACAAGAAACAGGAGAACCAUCCAAAAGGACAUUGAACUGUACAGUGAUGAUGAUGAAACAAACUGUUUUACACAAGGGGAUAAGCUUCGUGCUCUGAAAAGCAAAAGGCAAGCAAAAACUCCAACUACAUCUCCACUAGCAUGGGUUUGCUGGUGUUUCUGGAAGUUGUGUGACUUACUAUUUUAUGUGAACAGCUCCAAAGCAGUAAGAGUAACUCUGCAGUCCAGUAUUCAGAAAAAUAAAACCUCUGAACCUAGCAUUUCUGACAGUACAGACAUUACUAAAAGAACUACCAGGUCUGCUGCAAGAAAAAACAUUUUAAAAAGCCAAUCCAUCACAAGGACUAGAACAGUAUUGCGUUGAAUUUCGAAUAAGCCACCAGUGUUGAAGAGGAUAUUCAGGAGUGAAGGGGAUAUAGAGGGGACUUGAUGCAAUUCAAGGAAGAUCACUUUGGCUCUAUUUUUCAGUAAAAAAUGAAAUAGAACAAUCUCUUUUUUACUUGUAGAAUAAAAUGAACCAUCGACAUGUUUGGUAGACUUUUUUCUACCAUGGUAAUACUUUCUCAAAACAAACAUAAUCUACUUUUGUUCAGACUCAGGUGUAAAUAUUUAAGCUCUCUAUUAUAAAGAGGGCUUGCUAGUAUGUAUGAUGCAUGUGUAUGAAUUGUGAUGGCAAUCACUUAGCUGCUGAUCACCAGAUGGUGGGAGCUUUUAAGUAUAUAAAUCUGUGUUGUGCAUUCAGACUGGGCUGAAGUCUUCACUUGAGUCUGAGAAUCAACCACAAAAGCUUUUAUUUCUAAUAAUAUUGGUACUCUCCUAUGUUGAUUGGCAGUUCUUUCUUACUUUGUAUGAAGUUUUUUUAUGAAGCUGCAGUACUGAGUACACAAUGUAACUUGUCCACCAAAGAGUGCUUUAUUGUCAAAGGUUGUGUGGUUUAUUUAGGAAAAACUAAUUGUAAGUGAUUAACUUGUUUUUAGUAAUGACAGCUUUUCAGUUGUUCACAACCAAUUGAUCUUUGAACUAGUUAUAACUGCUUUAAAUCUGGUAUGAUUUUAAAGGGGAGGAAAACCACAAGCAUUUAAAGCAGUGAUGUCAUAUUGAAAUGUCAUUACUGUUUCACCACUGAAACAUUACUGUUUUUCCUAUCAAGUCCUUUACAUGAAACUUUAAAUUACCAUAUAUAAAAGGUAAGAAUCCCCCCUCAGAUUUCAUUGGUACAUUUGAUAACAUGUGGACAGUGCUUUGGGACACUUAAUGAGUGCAGCACACAAAAUAAAGGGAAAAUAAAGGUGCCAUAUGACUGAGAUAGUGGAAUUCAGGGACAAGUGAAAAUUUUGACACCUAACACUUUAAGACCUACAAUUUACCUCUGGUAAAAAGCAGCAUAAUUUUUAGAGGAAACUGCUUGAGACUGAAAUUUUUAACCCCUACAGGUCUAGAGUGAUUUUUUUUUUUCCUACUACUUUUCACAUUAUGACAUUUGAAAACUGAUGUACUCUUGUCCACCAGCUAGCUGAUGGUUUUAGCUGCAUAUCCCUCAGAUGAGGGCUCUUACCACAUAGCCUUAAAUAUGAAUCAGUUAUCUGUUGAUUUAAUUAACAGUUGAUUUAAUGACUCUUGCGGUACAAAGUGGAGGAAAUUGAGAGAUCUGCAAUAUUAGUAAUGGAAUAACUGAUGUUUUUAAAGAUGCAGAUUACCUCUGUGAGGGGGAAAUUUCCAUGAAUGUAAAUGUUCAAUGACUGGUUUCAACCUACAACCUUUUGAAUGGAAACUAAGCCUUCUGUUAGGCUGGUGAUUUUUGAAUGCCAGUAUGAAUAUCACACCGUGGUUUGAAAACAUUUUCUAGCAAAAGAAUCAUGAAUUGGAGAGGAAACAGGAUGUGAAGUGUAAGUAAGCUUACAGCUAACAUCCAUGUGCUUAGAUAAUCAAAACCUGCAAACAUGAAUACAAGUUAAAAAGAGCAGGUUUAAUGCAAAAUAAAGGACCACUGAAGGCUCAGACUGAAAAAAUUUUGUUUUCUUCUUAAAUUUCCUUCUUCACUCCCUUUUCUUCCAAAUAAAAAGCAUCUGCAAGAGAGGGACUGAUCUCAAUAAGGCAAUUAAAAUUUCUUUGGCUUUGAAUGGGGUUGCUUUGUUUGUUUUGGCAGAGGUUAUUUGGUUUUUCUGGGGUUGUUGCAGUCUAGGGGGUUUUGGGUUUGGUUGGUUAGGAUUUUUUAGUGGAGGUUGUGUGGUUUGGAUUUUUUUUGGUUGGGUGGGUUUUUUAAUAAGCCAUUUUGUGCAAAAGCUUACAUACAGGUAACCACGAUAGUAGGUCUGUUGUGCAAAUAUGAGCCUAUGCUUCUUUUUGAACAAAAUUUUCAUCUUGGAAGGCAAAAGGGAUGCAAAUAGUGAAGUAAGAACCAGAUAAAGAUUUAGUAAUAUUUACUGUGUUUGGCCAUGCCCUUCUCUCAGCCGACCUCCUUCUUUUGGCAUCUUUUUCUUUAACCUGAAAAUAAUUGGUCUCUUUCUCACCCCUUCCAAAUUGCAAAUCAGAAUUUGUCUCAUUUAAAGUAACCAGCAGAGUAGUUAGCACUUCUAGGUUCAUUAGAAGUAAAUUUGCAUAAUCCAAGUGCACAAACAAUAGCAACUCUAGCUAAACCAAAACUGCAUGUUUAGCAUCAAUGUGUGUCAGGAUACCCCAUCCACCACCCACUCUCAGUGAAAAACACAUAAAUGUCAAAGGGAUUUUACAUCUCAACUUUCCAAACAGCCUUAUAUGGAAAAUUAACUCAUUACCUCAUUCUGCCACACUGCUUAGUUUGUUAUGAAUUUUUAUUAGAUUGUCUAACAUUUUUUAAUACACCACACCAAAGGUGUCUUAGGUACAAGAAUGAAGAGUGGCCAUGUGUGAGGAAGAUCUUGGUUUCUAAAUUUUUUCUGAAUUGUGAAGUAUUAUGUGCCAAAACGGAAUAUGUUAUGACAGCUGCCUCACCUUUGAAUAUCUUUGUAUAAUAGAGCAGCUCAAUGAAGUUACUUCUGCUGUUAUCAGUUAGGAGAUUCUUCUUAGAAAUUCCUUCCUCUUUCAAAUAUGUGACAGAUGGAUUCUUCCUCAAUUUCUUAGCUCAAAAGAUACUACAUGCUCAAUAGUUGUAAUAUAUCUCGGGUAAAAUUGCUGCUUUCCAUUACAGCAUCAAAAAAACUCAAGACACUUACCUAGACCUUGUCUUUUUGCCCCAGUAUGACAGUAGAGGAAGCACUACUGAUUUAAAACGGUAAGAGAUUGUAGAAAAAAACCAAAACAAAACAUAAAUGUGAUGUUCACCAGUUUGUUGCACUGCAUUUUUUAUAUUAAUCAUUUGCAGACUGUCAUAUAUAAACUCAUAUAGAGGCUACCAAGGUCUAAAAUUUCUUGACUAAUCAGUACUGUUCAUCCUGAUUAUUUUUAAACUGUAUAUUUCUAAUCAUAUUUUUUUAACUUGGAUUGACAGAAUGAAAGUUUAUUUUGCUGACAGUAUUUUUAAGAUAAAGCUUCAUAUUAUCUUGUAAUAUUAAUAAGUUCAAUAUGCAUUUGUGUGUCAUUUGAAAAUACUGCAAAUUGCAUUUGAUUUUAUACAAAAUACUCAAUAGUGGGAAGUGUAAACAUGAACUGUGUAAAAUUAAAAAUAAUCAGAAGGUU